AUGUCUGGAACGAGAAAACAAACAUGUACAUACGAACAAGUACAAAGAGCGAUCAAUAUGCCGCCUAAUGAAGCCCUCAUUCCUGAGAAUUGGAUGCUCAUAAGAGAACACAUCGUACCCGAAUAUAAGAAAGAAUUUAAAGAAAAAGAACUUCCGAAAUUUCAAGCAGGAGAUAAAGUCCUCAUUAAGAACGACGUCCGUGUGAGUAAGGAUGAUAAACACUUCGAACGCGCGGGAACAAUUACCGGUAACGAAACAACUGAUUCAUACACGAUCCGAUUAGAGGAUCAACCCAACUCAACUUUAGUAAGACAUUUUAGCCAACUAAAAGGUUUGCCCCGGGAUGUUGUAUGCUAA